AUGAUGAACAGCAACCAACGGGGCCCCUGGGGCCCUCCCGAGGGCCCCCAGGGUCUCUUAAGGGGCCCUCAGGGGGCCCCCGUCUUUCCCGGGUCUCUGAAGCAGCUGCAGCAGCUGCAGCAGCUGCAGCAGCUGCAGCAGCCAGUGGCGUUUCCUCAGCCCCACCUCGGCUCUCCCGCCUUCCAGCAGCAGCAGCAGCAGCAGCAGCAGCAGCAGCAGCAGCAGCAGCAAGCCAUGGCAGCAGGCCAGUACCCUUUUUGCGCGUGGAGGGCCCCUGGGCAGCCAAUCAUGGUGCGAAUGAUCCCCAACCAGGGGGGCCCCCCUGCCCCCCCCAUGGGCCCCCCAGUACCCUCUGGGGGCCCCCCUGGGGGCCCCCCUAGGGGCCCCCCUAGGGGCCCCCAGCAGUACGUUUGCCGGGUCGUGGGACAGGGGCCCCCCUUCCCCCUAAACCCUACGCAGCUGAGGCCCACAAGGGCACCGCAGGGGGCCCCCCAUGGGGGGCCCCCCCUCCCUUCUGUGCAGCUGCUGGGGGGCCCCCAACAGCUCUCAAGGGGCCCCCAGGACUCGGGGGCCCACUUGGGGCCCCUGGGGGCCCCCCUCUUCUCCAGGGGCUUGCUGAACCCAGGGGGGCCCUCGGCGGGGGCCCCCAGGGGGCCCCUAGGGGCCCCGCAGCAGUUCCUCUUCAAGGGGGGAGAGCAGCAGCAGCAGCAGCAGCAGCAGCAGAUGCUUUCCUCUGUUGCGCGCUUGCCCGUGAGGAGGGACCAGCAGCAGCAGCAGCAGCAGCACCAACAGCAGCAACAGCAGCAACAGCAAACGAGGCUCCAAGGGGCAAGCAGCACGCAGCAUCCCAUGUAUAGUAAAAUCCAUUCUGCUGCUGAGCUCUACAAUGCCCGACAAGGCCAGCAGCAGCAACAGCAACAGCAGCAACAACAGCAGCAGCAGCAACAGCAGCAACACCACAGAAACAUCCCGCCAGCUACGGUGAUCUCAAACGAGCAGCAACGGUCCCUCGGUGAGUCUUUCUCAGCAGCAGCAACAAGCAAGCAGCAGCAGCAGCAGCAGCAGCAGCAGCAGCAGCAGCAGCAGCAGCGGCAGCAGCAGCAGCAGCAGCUGCAGGAUCGCCGCUGCGCGUCCCAGCUGCUGCCUCACGUAGACAGCGACUUGGGCGACCGCUGCGGCGCCCCCGAAGUGCGGGCCAUAUCCGUGCCAACUGCUGCCUCUGCCUCAGCAGCAGCAGCAGCAGCAGCAGCAGCAGCAGCAGCAGCAGCAAAGAGGCACGAUCCCCCCAUGCUCUGGCAGCCCCACGAGGAAAUAGGGGGGGGGCCCCCCUGUUUCAGCAGGGGCUUGCCCUACCGCCCUUGCCAGGAGGCCUCUGCUGGGGCCCCCGCUGCAGUAUUGCCUUUGGAGAGCUGUGGGGCCCCCCUGGGGGCCCCCCUGGGGGCCCCCCUGGGGGCCCCCCUGGGGCCCCUGGGGGCCCCCGGGGGCCCCUGGAGCCGCGCUUCCACGGGGUGGAGGCCCCCCAGGAGGGCCGAGAGGGGCCCCGGGGGCCCCGGGGCCCCUCAAGGGGCUGUAGUGAGGUCAGUGUCAGCGCAUGCAGAGAGCCUCAGGGGCUCUUUGGGAGUGGGGGAGAGGGGCCCCCAGGGGGCCCCCCUGGGGGCCCCCCUGGGGCCCCCCCUGGGGCCCCUCCGGGGGUCCCUGAGGGCCCCCGUGGGGCCCCUGCUGGCCCACGAGGCCCACAUCUUCAGCCCCAAAGGCCGGCAGCAGCCCCCUGUGCUGCCUGGGCUAAGCAGGGGCCCCGGGGGCCCCCUUGAGGAGGCAGAAGCAAAAAGAAACAAAAAGAAACAAAAAGGAAAAGACAGAGACUGCAGCGAAGAGGACUUGGAGACAGAGACGGGAGACGCGGAGACAGAGGAGCGUUCUCUGAGUGUGGAGACAGUUGAGAGCCGCAGCAGCAGCAGCAGCAGCAGCACGGAGGAGCCGAAGGAGCCGCAGCAGCAGCACUGCAGCAGCGACAGCAGCAGCAGCAGCCUGCUGCUGAGCCCCCGCCACGAAGCAGCAGAGCCCGCCGCCGAAGUCGAGCAGGAGAAGUACGUGAAGGUUUUGGUGCCCAAGUACGUCAGCUGGAAAGCCGCACAGCAGCAGCAGCAGCAGCAGCAGCAGCAGCAGCAGCAGGACGCAGCAGCAGCAGCAGCAGCAGGAGCAGCAGCAGCGGAGGCCUCGAGCCUCUCCCCCCGCAGCUCCGCCCCCGCGUCGGCGCCGCCC